AUAAAAGAUGGGCUACACGAAAGACGGUCCUUGGAAAGACCCUUUCGUGCAAUCGGCCCCCGGUAACUUGUUCAGCCAGGCGAUCCUUACUUUCAGUUUAGUUUCACUGCCACUGGGACACACAUGUGUUGCAGCUGUGCACAUCAACCAGAAUAAAUUUCUACCAAAGCACCUUCAUCUCCCCCCCCGGCCAGAUUCUUUUGAGAACCGAUUUGUGCUGGAAAUUCAUUCAUGUUUUACUAGGAAAGACCCAUGAAGGAGGAUGAUAAGAUGAUGCAGUUUUUGGCAGCUCACAAGGCUGCCAGCUUGUCGGUGGAUGACGUCAUCGAUUAUCUUGGAGCGGACCGUUUGAAUGGGCUAGAUGAGAGCAAAGCAGAGAGACGGUUACUCGUCCAUGGUCCCAACGAAUUUGAGAUCAGUAAGGAGGAACCCUUAUGGAAAAAGUACUUGGGCCAGUUCAAAGAUCCUCUGAUCAUGCUGUUGCUGGUAUCGGCUGUGGUUUCCGUGGUGAUGGGCCAGUUCGAUGAUGCUUUCAGCAUCACCAUGGCUAUCACAAUUGUUGUGACAGUAGCAUUUGUUCAGGAAUAUCGCUCUGAAAAGUCUCUUGAAAAAUUGAGCAAUAUGGUGCCGCCUAUAUGUCGCUGCAUAAGAGAAGGCCAGGUGAAGGAGUUCUUGGCGAGGUCGUUGACCCCUGGUGACCUCGUUCAGCUGUCCAUCGGUGACAGGAUUCCUGCAGAUAUGAGGCUGAUUGAGGCCAUUGACCUUGCCGUGGAUGAAUCCAGUUUUACUGGCGAGACCAAGCCCAGCAACAAGACCACACAGAUUGUGACCAAAGAGACAAACGGGAAGAGAACCACUAUGAAAAAUAUUGCCUACAUGGGAACACUUGUCCGAAAUGGGCAUGGGAAGGGUAUUGUUAUAGGGACAGGGGAAAAUUCAGAAUUUGGAGAUAUUUUCAAGAUGAUGAAAGCUGAAGAGGCACCAAAAACACCAUUACAGAAGAGCAUGGAUAGUUUAGGAAAGCAGCUCUCCUUCUACUCAUUCUGUAUUAUUGGAUUUAUUAUGUUCUUGGGAUGGUUACAAAACAGAAAACUGCUGGAUAUGUUUACCAUUGGUGUCAGUCUUGCAGUAGCGGCCAUUCCAGAAGGCCUGCCCAUUGUUGUCACGGUAACCCUUGCCCUCGGAGUGAUGCGCAUGGCUAAACGAAGUGCAAUAGUGAAGAAGCUACCCAUUGUAGAAACAUUAGGUUGUGUGAAUGUCAUUUGUUCUGAUAAGACUGGAACUCUAACUAAGAACGAGAUGACAGCUUUAGUGAUCCAUACCUCUGAUGGCAUACGAGCUGAGGUGACGGGUGUUGGCUACAAUGGAGAUGGAAUGGUCUUAGUUGAUAAUACACCUGUAUUAGGUUAUCAAGAUCCUUCUAUAGCUAGAGUAGUAGAGGCAUCAUGUGUAUGCAAUAAUUCUGAGAUCCGUGACAAUGUUUUAUAUGGACAGCCAACAGAGGGAGCCCUACUUGCCUUAGCAAUGAAAAUGCAACUACACCACUCUCGGAGUCGAUACACCAGACUUUCAGAGACCCCAUUCAAUUCAGAAACAAAGUGGAUGGCAGUCCGCUGUCGACCUCAUGACCCCACCCCUAACCAGUUGCCUAGCAAUGAGGAGAUUUUCUUUGCGAAGGGGGCCCUGGAGCGGGUUCUAGCAAAAUGUCGAACUUACAAUGUGGAUAACAGAUCCGAGCCUCUGAAUAAACAGAAGAUUGAGGACAUUAAAGAGGAAGGCCGUCAAAUGGGUGUGGCCGGACUAAGAGUUCUUGGGAUGGCUGUCGGCACAGGGAUGGAGAACAUGACUUACCUUGGUAUGGUUGGAAUCUUAGAUCCUCCUCGACCCGGUGUAAGGGAGGCCAUUAUUACACAGGUCAGCAGUGGUGUAGCACUCAAGAUGGUCACCGGGGACUCCGCUGAAACAGCCAUAGCUGUCGGUAGCAGACUGGGUCUGUAUGCCAAAGGUUCUACAGCCUUGUCUGGUGAAGAAGUAGAAAGCAUGGAAUUCAUGGAAUUGACCAGGAUAAUCAAUCAGGUUUCAGUUUUCUAUAGAGCCAGUCCUAGAAAUAAACUGAAAAUUGUCAAGGCAUUACAGGCUACUGGAGCUGUUGUUGGUAUGACGGGUGAUGGCGUCAACGAUGCAGUGGCACUCAAGACUGCAGACAUUGGUAUCGCCAUGGGGAUAACAGGAACGGACGUCAGCAAGGAAGCAGCGGACAUGAUCCUUGUUGAUGAUGACUUUACCACCAUCCUAUCAGCCAUUGAGGAGGGAAAAGCCAUCUUCUACAACAUCAAGAACUUUGUUCGAUUUCAGUUGAGCACGAGUAUUGCUGCUCUCACCUUAAUUGCCUUAUCAACUAUGCUAAGCUUUCCAAACCCAUUGAAUGCCAUGCAGAUUCUUUGGAUUAAUAUCAUCAUGGAUGGACCACCUGCACAAAGUCUUGGAGUGGAGCCUGUUGACAAAGAUGUAAUCCGUAAACCACCUCGCCAGGUGCGAGACCCUAUGAUCACCCGAUCCCUGCUGAUCAAUGUCAUCAUGUCUGCUACUAUCAUUGUACUUGGUACCCUGUGGGUGUUCUGGAGAGAGAUGCAAGACAACAUCAUCACACCUCGUGACACCACCAUGACUUUCACCUGCUUUGUUUUCUUUGAUAUGUUCAAUGCCCUCGGCAGUCGAUCUCAGACCAAAAGUAUAUUCAGUGUUGGUUUCUUCACUAACCGAAUGUUCCUGUAUGCGGUCGGAGGGUCAAUCAUGGGUCAGCUGCUAGUCAUCUAUUUCCCUCCACUUCAAAAGAUAUUUCAGACAGAAGCGUUGACGAUACAUGAUAUUGGCUUUUUGGUGAUGCUGACCUCAUCAGUGUUCAUAGUCUCUGAGAUGAAAAAAUGGGUUCAACGGAGGCUGGAGAAAAAGCAAACCCUGCCCGAGCCAUGCGACUUUGAAUAUGUCUGACUGCAAUCUGUUGCUGUGUGUGCCCAAUGUUUAGUUUAAUGUGUGUGCAUGUGCUUUUCAGUGUAACCCUUGAGUCCUCUUUCUUCUGAUUAGAAUCAAUUCUGUCUAUAAGUGUUCCAUUGUAAACAUUAAUCUGAAAAUAAAAAACUAGUGACACAAUUUUUUAUUGGAAAUAAAAUUAUGUUGUACCAUUAUGGACGAAAAAGCUGGAGAGGGAACUUAGGAGAAGUAAAUACCUGUGCUAAUGAAAGAGAAGAAAUCAUACAACAAGCAUGUAAUAGUGCCCAGACUUGUUUGUGGAUGUUGAUUUAUUGCCCUCUGUGACUGCACAAACCACUGGUCUCUGGUCGACCUUGGGAAUUUUUGUUCCUUUUAAUUCAAAAGGCAGGAACAAAAUCUCAGGGAAAUUAGAGAUCUAAUGCUGCUUUUCUUUAAAAAUCCCUCCGUAUAACAACUUAAAGGUACAGAGUAUGGUCUACAAAAAUCAAUGUAGAUAGUGAAUAAUACAAUUUUAUUAAAACCAACAUAGAUGGAUUGUCAUAAUACAAUUUAUGAAUUUUUUAAAACAAGUGCAAUUUUAUUUCAAUCUAAUCCCAUGAUCAUUGACAUUAAUAUUGACGUCUAAGCACAAAGGGCCAGUCUCCUGUGAUGUCACUAGAUAUGACAUAGCUUUGCAUUCAAUUCUUCCCGAAGUCAGGAAGGAAGAUUCUGGGGUCCAUUUUACAACUAAUUUUUAGAGACUAACUUGGUUAUAGAUUAUUCCUUUUAAAUACCUUAUCCCAGAGGCAGAUUUCAAUCAAAUAUUUCACUUCUUAAUGCUUUAUUGAAUUGUACCUUUAAUUAUUUUGUUAUAAAAAUAAUCAUGACAUUAGUAAUAGUAUUAUUGUUAUCAGAAUUGUUGAGUAUAAGACAUAUUUAUAAAGAUAUAUUAAUUUAUAAAAAGAAUUAAUGAGUUUUUUGUGUCGAUGUUUUUAAAGUAUGUAUUCAUGUUUUCAUUUUAAUGUUUUUUGUACAGGUGAAUCUGCCAAAAGGUGAUUAUCUUAGAAACAAACAAAUCACUUUACGAAAUGAAAAUGCAAAUAAUACUUGCUUUGUGGGUGGGUUAACUGUGACUUUACACAUAAAUGAUGACACGUUUUUGUGCCAAAUGCUAUAGCUGAUUUAUUAGCACUUAAUAACUUGUUCCAGUUUUGCAUAAAGUGUAACAGGCGUUAUGACACACCUGUUUGUUAUGGAAGAUACAGACUCAAUUGUUUGUUCUAUCCUGGAUAUUUUGAAGAAUAUUACAAUACAAUGUAUAAACAUAUAGAAUCGUGUUUCUGUACAUGUGGUACAUACAUGUACACUACAGUAUAUAGUAAUUUUACAAUUGAAAUAUCUUCAUACAAAAUAAAUUAUUGUAAUGAACAUGAAUGAAGAAAUAAAAUUAUAUUUUCAUUUGAACAAUUGAGAUUUUUCACAUAUCUUUAUGCACGUGCUAAGUCUCAUUACUAUUAAAAGUAUCUACCCUCUUGAAUAAAGAGUGUAUGAUAUUUAUAUAUUUUGUUUUCACAUUCAUUGUACUUUUUUUUUGCACAAAAUGUUAUCUUUCAAGCUCUAUUAUUUUUAUGCACAACAAAUUUAUGACAUUUAUGAUAUGAAGUAUUUGUGCCAAAAUGUUUUAGAGAACAUGAUUUUGAGAUUGAGGAACUGUAAAGAAGAAACUAAUAAGUGGUUAUUUUGUAGGUUUUUAUUUAAAUUCUGGAAAACAACAUGUAGAGCAGUUUUUUUUUUUUUAAUCCAGUUUCUAGAGGUGCAUUAUCUGUGUAUAUGUGUGAGUAAUUUUGAGGAAAAGGGGACUUUUUUAUUUUAUUAAAUUACCGGUAUUAAUAUUAUCAAACGGAAAUUCUGGUUUAUUUUACUCAUGAAUAUAAACCAGACUUUGAAUCUCAAAUUUGUUUUGAUGAUAACUGUAAUAGUAUAAAGAAAGAAGCAAUUGUUGGGAUACUAUAAAAGCAUUGGGUCCCCUAAUGAUUUGUUCUGUGGCUUUAUGUUUUAUUUUAAUAUUAUUUUUAAAGUGCCUUUAACACCCUUUGCAUGCUUGAACAAUGGGAAAAAAGGUCAAGUUAUUUUCAUUAUAUUUAAGGAGAACAUCACAGAUAUGAUGUGCCUUCGUUUUUUUUUUUUGGGGGGGGGGUAAGCUUCUGCAUGAUAUUGUUUAUAAAAUCAACGUUUUCAAAUAUUUCUGUCAUGUAAAAUGGGAAAAAAGGUCAAGUUAUUUUCAUUAUAUUUAAGGAGAACAUCACAGAUAUGAUGGUCCUCCCAAAUCAAAGAAACGCUCUUCAAAUGCCUUCUCAUUCACAUAUGAAAUUAGAUGGAUUAUUAAAUGAAACAUAGUAAAAAAAUUAUGCCUCUGCUAUUGCCAGAUCAGAAGUAUGGGAACUACAAUAUAUCAUAUUAGAAAACUAUGUAAACUGUACAUUCAUUUGUGUUCCCUUCCCUUUCAAAGAGUUGUUAUGUAUAAUUUUGCAGAGUGUGUCAAAUGUAUAUGUUAGAGAUUUCUGGUGAAUAUGUUGUAUGCAAUAUGCUGAGGAAAAAUAUCCAUAAUAUAUCUAUGAUUCUUGGCAUUUUUGUUGUCUUGCAGUAGUUGCCUUUAUUAUCAGAUGAUACUGGAUUUCUUCCUUCAUUCUGAUUUAAAUGAUAUUGACAACUAUAUAUAUAUACAUAUAAAAUGUUUAACAUUUAUUUCAUUUAAUUUAACACUUAAACAAUUUUCAGUGUCAAUAUUGACAUAUACUCAAGUUUCUGAAGAAAUUGCAGAUUUUAUGAAGGAUCCAUGCUAACUUUUUUAUGUCAAGUGUAGACAUCUGAGAAGCACUUUGAAUGAAUUGGUAGAAAUAUUGAAUUUGAAAAAUCUGUCUGGACUGUAAGAGUCUAUAUAAGAGAAAUCUCUAUCCUCUUGCCUGAUAAUUUUUCCUUAAUUGCUUUAUUAAUUAAUGUAAUUAGAAUGUUCAGGACCAUAAUUUUGGUAGUUUGUACUCUCCUCACUAGAUUUAUGAGCUUCAUGGAUAUCUUCAUAUUUUUACAGUUUGUAAACUUACAACAAAUGCUGCUUUAUAGUGGAAUAUUGUACUUACAACACCUCAUUUAUUCAGCAUAAAAUGCCUUGUAAACUUUUUAAAGAUUUUGACAUUUUUUCACAUGGAAAACAAAUUAUUUGUACCAUCGUUUAAUAUGAUGUAUUUUGUGAAUCUUAAGAUAGAAGCCACAAAUUUGAUGAUUUUUUUCAUUUUAUAAGACAUGUAAAUUUGGAUUCAUAAUUAGUACCAGCACAGCAACAUGCAGUUUCAUUGGGAAUGAAGAAUAUCUUGUAUUUAACAUGUCUAAUAUCAUUGUGUGAAGAAGUAAACAUGAUUUACAUCUCAUAAUUUAUUGUAUGAUUUUUUCAACACGAAAUGGCAUUAUCUGCCUACCUAUUGUAUUAUUGGAUUUCAUAUCCCUAUUUUAUGAUGUAAAACACAAUCCUGUGUGAGAAAUUAAAAGAGUGAUAAUUUCAAAUA